AUGGAAUCGUUCUUGUUCAAAACUAACCACACAUACCACCAUCAUGUGGAGUUGACGGCCAUGGAUUUGUCAUGGAUGGUUGAGUUUCUUAAGGGCAUGGUGAAGCCUGCGGCUGCCACCGCCGUGGUGUUUCUGGCUGUGGCCUUAUCCUUUUGGCAAAAGCUGGGGUUGGAGUGGGAAAUGGUUUAUGCCAUGUUAAGGGCUUUUAUUCAGCUUUCUAUUAUUGGGUUUGUGUUGCAGUUCAUAUUCAAUCAAGACAACGCUGGAUGGAUCAUUCUAGCAUACCUUUUCAUGGUGUUUGUUGCUGGUUACACAGCGGGUCAACGUGCGAAACAAGUCCCACGUGGGAAAUAUGUUGCUGGUGCUUCCAUUCUCACAGGAACAGCAGUGACUAUGUUGGUGCUAGUAUUACUGAGCGUGUUCCCGUUCACUCCAAGAUACAUCAUCCCCGUAGCAGGCAUGAUGGUUGGAAACGCAAUGACAGUAACCGGUGUUACCAUGAAAAGACUCCGUGACGACAUUAAAACACAAACGAACUUGGUUGAGACUGCAUUAGCACUAGGUGCAACUCCACGACAAGCUACGCAUCAACAGGUGAAAAGGGCUUUGGUUAUAGCACUUUCUCCGGUAGUGGACAACGCCAAAACAGUGGGUUUGAUAUCGCUACCAGGGGCAAUGACUGGUUUGAUUAUGGGAGGGGCAUCACCAUUGGAAGCAAUUCAACUACAGAUUGUGGUGAUGAAUAUGUUGAUUGGUGCAUCAACUGUCAGUAGCAUAAUGUCUACAUACCUCUGUUGGCCAGCGUUCUUCACCAAGGCCUACCAAUUAGAGACCAAAGUCUUCUCAACUUGAAUCUACCUUAAAUGAUGAAAGUACACGCUUCAAUUCUCCCUCCGCUUGUAAAUCAGGACAAGAAAGUCUAGGGAGUGAGGAUUUCUUUUUUCUUUUUCUUUUUUUCUUCUUGUUUUAGGUUUGUGUUGUGGGUGUGAGGUUUGGUUUAGAGAGCUAGUACAUACUCAUCAGAGAAGGGGGAUUUUGA